AUGCUCGAGCCCGACCAAGCUGCCGCGAUGGAGCGCGAGCGGCAGGCGAGCAGCAUCAGCAACAGCGGCACCCGGCACCCGCACCACCAGCUUCUGCAGCAGCCCGGCCCGCCGGACGCACCAACGGCGACACCGUCGUUCGACCCUUCCUCGUCGCAUGGAGCGUCGCACAGCUACGCCUCGGGCAUGGCCGCCGCGUACCCGUCGGCGACGACGUGCGACUGCGCCGACUGCUUCUCCGGCGCCGCGCCGUCGUGGGCCCUCGAGCACCCUGUCGAGCAGCACAUCUACGAGUCGCCGUACCCGACACCGUACGACCCGUCGCAGGCCGGCGUGCCGUACCAGUUCGAGCCGUCGACGUCGGUCCUCCAGCAGCCGACCUUCGAGUACCGCCCGCAACUCGAGUCGUACGACCUCGCGCCCGCCCAAUUCGCCUACGCCCCUCCUCCUGCCCCUCUCCCGUCCCCUCCCGAAGAAGAGGCGCAGUACGCCUCCUUCGCUCGCCCUCGACCCGCUCCCUCGCCAUGGACCCAGCCUUUCGCCGUCCCGUCGUCCGCCUCGUUCGUGCCCGCUCCGCCCGGGCCCUCUCGACCACCGCCCUACAAGCCGUACACGCCCUACCGCUUCGAGGAGCCGGCGGCGCCGGUGCCGACCUACCAGCAGGCGCCGUCGACGACCCUCCAGCCCGAGGCGCCUGUCCUCGACCGGCGGCGCAGCAGCGGCCAGAGCAGCGGCGUCUCGACGGUGCCCACGACGUCGAGGUCACGUCGACCGUCGAACCAGUCGACGGGGAGCCCUCGUGGGAGCGAGGGCAGCGGCGGGAGCGAUGCCGGGCUCGACGAGCGCACGACGACGCCUUUCAUGACCAAGCUCCACUUCCUCGUCAACAACCCCGAGCUCAGCGAGUGGAUCCGCUGGUCGGCCGACGGCCGGUCGUUCGUCUUUGCCCAGGGCUCGAAAGCUCUCUCCGAGGCGUUCGCCCGGGUCUUCCGCCACGGCAACGCGCACUCGUUCGUGCGGCAGCUCAACAUCUACGACUUCAAGCGCCUCUCGUCGCUCGAGCUGCACUCGGCCGUCGAGUCGGUCCCGCACCCGACCUCUCGCCUCACGUCGGCCGACUUUUCGGGCUUCUCGCACCCGCUCUUCUACCGCGACUCGCCGGGCGACGUGUGCGACCUGAGCAAGCUGCGGCCCAAGAUGGGCAAAAAGUCGUCGAGCAAGAGCCUCGCGUCCGGGUCGGUGGGCAACCGGGCUCGCACGCUUCGCUCGGACGGCAAGGUCGGCGGCGGCAUGACCGGGAGGAAGGUGUGA